CGUUACGGGGGCGUGGGCUGCGUCCGCCUCUCGCGAGGUCGCCUCCGUACACUGGGGACGCAGUCGGCCGCCGUUAGCGACGCAGCGCGCUUGUCACAUUGUCAUGAUACGCGUGUGAGUGUUUGUGGGGCAGAGGCCCGCUCGUUCGAAAAUAGAAAACGGAAAAAUUGACCCCCAGAUGGGAGUUUACGAGGAGAGGGGGGCGAUGCACUGGCAACAGAGUGAGAGGUAUCUAUCGUCGGCAUACGAGGGAGGCGGGGAAUUGUCUCCAGUGGCCCCGGCGGCGUCCCCCGGGUCUCCCCGCGACUGCACCUCGUGUCGCAAGAGGGAGCCUCCGGACGACCCCCCUCAGGCCCCGGCCGAAGACGCGUGCGCCGGCUGCGGGGCCCGUAUCACCGACCGUUACUAUUUAUUAGCGUUAGAGAGACGCUGGCACACCCCCUGCCUGAGGUGCUGUGAGUGUAAAAUGCCACUGGAUUCGGAACAGAGGUGCUAUGCCCGGGACAGCAAUAUAUUAUGCAAGAAUGAUUAUUUCAGGUUAUACGGUUCAAAACGAUGUGCGCGCUGCAAUACACCAAUAUCCGCUACUGAACUCGUGAUGAGGGCCAGAGACCUGGUGUUCCACGUGCACUGUUUCUCGUGUGCACUCUGCAACACACCUCUCAACAAGGGGGAUACGUUCGGGAUAAGAGAUUCGGCUGUUUAUUGCAGGCUGCAUUACGAAACGAUGCCGGAAUACGGGCCUCACAUGGCUGUUCCGGGGCCACCCCAGAUGUGCCCGGGGCCUUACUCCGGCCCACCACCCGGCCCGCACUAUCCCCCUUACCCUUCUCCCGAGUUUUCGCGAGUAGAAGCCGAUGUUCCUAAAGGGCCCUUUUUCAACGGCGCCGCUGCACCACCGCCCCGGCAAAAAGGCCGCCCGAGAAAAAAGAAACCAAAAGACCAAGACCUCAUGACGGCGAACCUUGAUUUGAACUCGGAAUAUCUCGAGAUGGGCUACCGGGGUGGUGGUGCGCUGGGGACGACGUCGCGGACGAAGCGCAUGCGCACCAGCUUCAAACACCAUCAGCUGCGCACCAUGAAGUCCUACUUCACCAUCAACCACAACCCCGACGCGAAGGACCUGAAACAACUCAGCCAGAAGACGGGUCUACCAAAACGCGUGUUACAGGUGUGGUUUCAGAACGCGCGGGCGAAAUGGCGGCGAAUGGUGACCAAGCAAGAGAACAAAAUGGCGGACAAAUGCUCGCCGGACGGUUCUCUAGAGAUGGACAUGUAUCACGGACCCAUGGGGUCCAUACAGUCUCUGCCCCCGCACAGUCCUCCGUACAGUGUGAUGGGAGGUCCACCGAGUCCAAACUCCAUGGAUUGUCCAUAGCCUCAGUUUUGCGCUUUAUGAGCGCUUUAGAAUUGAACAUUGUGACCGAGAGUGCGUCGAGGAUAUACUAUCUAAUGUUAUGGUGUAGAAAACUAGUGGAAGUCUUAUACUGUUAGUGAAUGGUAUCCCGAUAGAAUAUGAUAUACAAAUAAUAGUGGCCGUCUGUUAAACGUAUUUAUCGUUUCAACUAAACUAAAUGUCAGCAAAACAUUAUUAAAAAAGACUUGCAGUGAUUUAAAAGAUCCAUAAAUUAGAGUGUGAAUGUAAAGUAGGUACUUAAUUACUUACAUUGUAUCGAAGCCACUCACUAUCACUACAAUGAAACAUCGUGAUAUUAUAAACAUAAUUUACGAAUUUUUGCAAUAACACGAUACUAAAUUCAAAAUUUCCUAUACGAUAGUAAUAUUAUGGUUAAUGUUUAAGUAACGAAUUAGAACAUUGUGAAUAUUCGUCCAUCUCACAAUGUUACAUAUUGUGAUCAUGUUUAAUAUAAAUGUACUAAUUGCUUGAUCAUUUAUGAUCAUGCAUGGUUGUGCUUUAGAAGGAUAUUGUUCCAUUAUUGUGAAAAUUAAAAUGUUUAUCGGAUUUAUUUGAACGAAACAUACCCGAGUUACUUUUUUCGGUUCCACGAACUAAAAGUAUGGAGAGUUUUUUUUUUUAUUAAUAUAUACUAUUUAUUUAUUGAACAUUGAUAUUUAAUGUAGACUAAGCGUAGCUUAAGAGAACAUAGGUAAAUAUGUGAAAAUUUCCAUAGAAUAAUGAUUAGGUUUAUUUUAGUGCUAUAAUGUAAAAGUGUAAGAGAUUGACCCGAAUAUGACAACGGGAAGACGUUUGAAUUAAAAAUUUUACGUUGCGGAAAUACCUAAUUUGUUUUGUAUUUUACAUUUAUUAUCUAUUAAUUAGUAGUAAGCCUUGCCUAAGUAUAAUUACUCUGGCUAAGUACACGCACUGUUAGUUCCUUUUUUGUAUAGAAUUAAUAUACAUUUAUUACAUAAUAAUAAUCAACAAUAAAUCAUAAUUGUAGAAAACAUUGUAACAUAUUCAUUUGUAAUUUAAAGUAAUGAAUAAAACACUAUCCAAAACAAUGAUAGCUUGCGUCAAAUGCUAUUAUUUGAUUUGAAUUAAAUCUGCAUUACCUAUUACACCUGGAUAAUUUAUUCAUGUGACUAAAAAUUAUAAAGACCUGUUAAUAAAAAUAUUCCA